AUGGAGCCCCCGGUCCAGAUCUUCCGCGGAGUGGUCCCACCUGCCCCGAGCACCUGUCCCAACGGCAGUGGCUGGUCGCCGGGCUGGGCCGAGCGGCACAGCAGCGGGGCUCCGAGGGCGCCGCAGCUGGAGCCCGCGCACAUCUCUCCCGCCAUCCCGGUCAUCAUCACCGCGGUCUACUCGGUGGUGUUCGUCGUGGGCUUGGUGGGCAACUCCCUGGUCAUGUUCGUGAUCAUCCGAUACACAAAGAUGAAGACAGCAACCAACAUUUAUAUAUUUAACCUGGCAUUGGCGGAUGCUUUAGUUACUACGACCAUGCCCUUCCAGAGCACCGUCUAUCUGAUGAAUUCCUGGCCAUUUGGGGACGUGCUGUGCAAGAUUGUCAUUUCCAUUGACUACUAUAACAUGUUUACCAGCAUAUUCACCUUGACCAUGAUGAGUGUGGACCGAUACAUUGCUGUGUGCCACCCCGUCAAGGCUUUAGACUUUCGCACACCCAUGAAAGCAAAGAUCAUCAACAUCUGUAUUUGGCUCUUAUCGUCAUCUGUCGGCAUAUCCGCGAUAGUCCUCGGAGGGACCAAAGUCAGGGAAGACGUGGAUGUCAUCGAGUGCUCCUUGCAGUUCCCGGAUGACGAGUACUCCUGGUGGGACCUCUUCAUGAAGAUCUGUGUCUUCGUCUUCGCCUUCGUGAUCCCUGUCCUCAUUAUCAUCAUCUGCUACACCCUGAUGAUCCUGCGCUUGAAGAGCGUCCGUCUCCUCUCUGGCUCCCGAGAGAAAGAUCGUAACCUCCGUCGGAUCACCAGGCUGGUCCUGGUGGUGGUGGCGGUCUUUAUCAUCUGUUGGACCCCCAUUCACAUCUUCAUCCUUGUGGAGGCCCUGGGGAAUGCCUCUCACAGCACCGCUGCCCUCUCUAGCUACUACUUCUGCAUCGCCUUGGGUUAUACCAACAGCAGCCUGAACCCCAUUCUCUAUGCGUUUCUGGAUGAAAACUUCAAGCGGUGUUUUAGGGACUUCUGCUUUCCAGUUAACAUGAGGACGGAGCGACAGAGCACCAGUAGAGUCCGCAACGCCGUUCAGGAUCCUGCUUACAUGAGGGAUGUUGAUGGGACAAAUAAACCAGUAUGACUAGUCGUGGAGAUGUCUUCCUACAGUUCUUCGGGAAGAGAAGAGUUUAAUGAUCUAGGGUUAACUCAGAUCAGCACCGAAGUCUGA